AUGAUGUCUGUGGGUUUUAUGCCCGACAGUUUGAACGGCUCCGAUCCCUCCAAGUCGGCCUUCCUGGAGUUCGGCCACGGACACCCGGCGCACCAGCAGCACUCCGCGGGACUCUCACAUAUUUACCCCGUGCAUGGCCUCCACGUUUCCGGACAUUCUCAGCACGAAGCCCCCUUUCCUGGCAAUGCGUCUUACGGCCCCCCGCUGGGAUACUCGUACCCGGGUGCGAUGAACGCGCAUCCAUCAUCCGCCUACAUGUCCCCCUACCAGCACAGCAGCGGCGGCCUGAGCCACAGCAGAUUAGAGAGGACAGAUCCCAACAAGUCCGCGAUCAAUGAGAGCAGGGACAUCCGUCUGGUGAACGGAAAGGGGAAAAAGAUGCGGAAACCCCGAACCAUCUACUCCAGCCUGCAGCUGCAGGCUCUGCACCAGCGCUUUCAGCAGACCCAGUACCUGGCCCUCCCGGAGCGCGCAGACCUGGCAGCCAAACUGGGGCUCACGCAAACUCAGGUGAAAAUAUGGUUUCAGAAUAAACGCUCCAAGUACAAAAAGAUCAUGAAGCAUGGCGGAGGCUCAGAGGGGGAGCACAUCCACAGCUCCAACUCCAUCUCCCCUUGCUCUCCUUCCUUACCCCAGCUCUGGGAGGUCUCUAUGGCAACCAAAGGAACCCAGAUGCACCCGAACAAUUAUAUGAAUGGUUUUGGCCACUGGUACCCGAACCACCACCACCACCCUGACCAGGACGCCUUGCAGAGGCCGCAUCUAAUGUGAAUGGACAGCCAACGGUUGAUCGGCCAAUAUCAACUCACAGGACAGGAAAUGACUGAUAUCUCGUGGGGAUAAACUGCAUGGUUCCUCGUGCACGUGCUUUUUACUAAAUUCAGUUUUUGCUGCAACAUUCUAUGACGCUCAACUGUUUUUGAAAGUCAUUGCAGCUCUUUCUGCAGGACAUCAGAUCACCUGAUUGUGGACUUUGUGUUUGCAGCUGAAAUAGACAAUCUGUAUAAAGGAAUUUUAGAGAAUGUAA